AUGAAAGUGACCGUUUGUUUUGGCAAGACCGGGAUUGUGGUUCCUUGUAAGGAUGGACAGAUCCGGGUUAGAGACUUAACCCAGCAAGCUCUUCAGAGAUACCUGAGAACCAAAGAAAAGGAUCCUUCUUAUUGGGUGAAUAUUCACCAUCUGGAGUACACAGAUGGGGGAAUCCUGGACCCAGAUGACAUCCUGGCAGAUGUUGUGGAAGACAAAGAUAAGCUGAUUGCUGUGUAUGAUGAACAAGAUUCACUCCCCAAGUCUGAUGACACCAAUGGUAGUUUGACGGGUGGAAACAGCCCAGAUGCUUUUGAGACUGAUGUAGCUGCCCAGCUGGCUGCAUUUCAGCCAAUAAGAGGAGAGAUUGAAGUGACGCCUUCUGCUCUAAAACUAGGGACCCCGCUUUUGGUAAGAAGGAGCAGUGAUCCGGCAGUUGGCCCACCCAAUGACUUCCCUGCAGGUGCUUCACAUGCCACUGACCAUGUUCUGAAGACUUCUGUGUCUUGUUCAGCACACUCACCUUCAGAAGACUGGGAUCUCCCUACCCACAAUGAAGUGCCAACAUCUCAGAAAACUAAGUUCAUUUUCAGCGGUGUGACAAAAAUGGUGGAGAUUUCUGGGGAAGGUGGCCCACUAGGCAUACAUGUGGUACCAUACUUUUCAUCUUUAAAUGGAAGGAUUCUAGGGCUCUUUAUCCGUGGCAUUGAGGAGAAUAGCCGAUCUAAGCGGGAUGGACUUUUCCAUGAAAAUGAAUGCAUUGUGAAAAUUAACAACAUAGAACUUGCAGAUAAAACCUUUGCACAAGCACAAGAUCUCUUCCGGCAAGCAAUGAAAUCUCAAAAUAUCCUCUUGGAAGUGGUUCCUCCAUAUAGCCGUGAACAAUAUGAAAAGUCUUUCAUCGCACCUUUAUAUUCUCCAGAUAACGCUGAACACGUUUUAAAGACAAAGGUUCUACCUCCCAUCUAUCCAAAGCCAAUGACGAAGGAAGUAGACCUGUCUGGAAUGAACAAUCUGGAGUCUGGUGUGUGGACAGGGCUACAUCCUACCAAGAGUCCCAACUUUCCAAGAGUUAGUAGGAAGCCGUCAUCACCAUCUUUGUCGCCACUGAUGGGUUUUGGCAACAAGAAAAAUGCAAAGAGGAUAAGGAUAGACCUCAAGAAAGGGCCUGAAGGACUUGGUUUCACUGUGGUUACAAGAGACUCUUCAGUACAUGGUCCUGGUCCUAUAUUUGUAAAAAAUAUUUUACCACGAGGUGCAGCAGUUAAAGAUGGUCGUUUGCAGUCCGGGGACAGAAUACUGGAGGUGAAUGGUAGAGAUAUCACUGGCCGAACCCAAGAAGAGCUUGUAGCAACGCUGAGGAGCACUAAGCAAGGCGAGAUUGUUUCCCUGAUCAUCGCUCGUCAGGAUGAAACGUUCCUGCCCCGAGAGCUGAAAGGAGAGCCCUACUGCAGUGUUCUUUCACUUGAGACUACAGAGCAGCUGACCUUCGAGAUCCCUCUGAAUGACUCGGGUUCAGCAGGACUGGGUGUGAGCUUAAAGGGCAACAAAUCUCGAGAGACUGGGGCCGACCUUGGGAUUUUCAUCAAAUCGAUCAUCCAUGGAGGUGCUGCUUAUAAGGAUGGCCGGCUGCGAAUAAAUGACCAGCUUAUUGCCGUGAACGGGGAAUCUCUGCUUGGAAAAUCAAACCAUGAAGCCAUGGAGACCUUGAGACGUUCCAUGUCUAUGGAAGGAAACAUUCGUGGGAUGAUCCAGCUAGUAGUUCUCAGAAGGCUGGAUAGGCAAAUGGAAGUGGAGCGCACAGAACCUGUUGUAGUGUAUCCAAAACUGGAAACUGAAGGGAAUGUUAAUUUUGCAAGCAUUCCUAGACGUAGCGAUGCCGCUGUGCAGUGUUUUGUAACGUAUUGCCCCCAGGACAGGUUGAAAGAGCUUCAUACAUCUGAGAGUGGCAUGGCUGAAAAUGAACUACCACCCCCUUUGCCUCCUCAUCCUAGUGACGAGCUGCUCACAGAUUAUAAUCAUAGCUCAGCAACACAUUCAGCAGCAUAUUUACCCGAUCAGCGCAUCAACUUCAGAUCUCUUUCAGUGGCCAAGCAGACGGAAUCAAUUAAUUUGAAAGCCUCCAAGAGCAUGGAUCUCGUGGCAGAUGAAAGCAAAGUUAGCUUGUUGACUGGAUACAAACUAGAAUCUCCUGGCAAGGAUAUUGGUCCCACCCUGGGCUUAAAGAAGUCAAGUUCCUUAGAGAGUCUCCAGACAGCUGUUGCUGAAGUGAAAAAGAAUGAGCUUCCUUUCUACAGACCCCGGCCUCAUAUGGUCCGUGGCAGAGGGUGUAAUGAGAGUUUCAGAGCUGCCAUUGACAAGUCUUAUGAUGGACCCGAAGAUAUGGCAGAUGAUGGUAUGUCUGAUCAGAGCUCUCUCUCUGGUCAGGAAGCUCAGAACUUUGAAUCAGCCUUUCACGUGAACUCUGAGUUAGAGGAUGCUGAAGGCAAGGCAAAGAAACACAAGAAGACCAAAGAAAAAUUGAAAACAAAAGAAAAGAGUAAAAAAUCUAAUCUAAAGAGCAAAUCUAAAAGUAAAGAAAAGGACAAGAAAGAAGAAAGUGAAGAUCCAGAGAGGAAAACAAAGAAGAAAGGUUUGGGUGCCAUGUUGAGGUUUGGCAAGAAGAAAGAGGAUAAAGGUCCAAAAAGUGAUCAGAAGGGAAACUCCAAGCCCGGCACUCUCAGAGAGGAGGACCUAGAAAAGAUGAAGGAGGAACGGGAAAGGAUUGGGGCAAAGCAUCAGGAGCUACGGCAGAAGCAGACCAGGGGGCUUGCUGAGUAUUCCACCGGCGCUGUGGGUCCACCACCUGAUAUUGACGAUGAUGAGACAGACCCAAAUUAUGCACGCGUGAAUCACUUCCGAGAAAUGUAUCCAGGUGUCAGCGGCUAUAGGCCAUCUUCUCCACCUGUUUCCGAAACCUUUGGGUGCGAUAACCCUCCAGCACCUGUGGACAGGGACCACUUAGAGGGACUGUAUGCACGGAUAAACAAGCCACCCCAUCAGCAUGCUCCUGUUGAAAGUGACCGUCCAACUGUUGGAACUGCAGACCGCAUCCAGAAGUUACGGAAAGAAUACCAUCAGGCAAGGCGGGAAGGCUUGCCUUUCUAUGACGAAGAGGAAGGCAGAGGAAGGCCAUCUGAUUAUGAUCAGCACUGGGUGUCUGGGAAAGUUCCAGAUGGGACUGCACACCACCACCAGUUUGAAGGGAUAGAAAGACAGUAUGCCUCUCUGCCCAGGCAUGGACCUGUCGAACCAAUGGAGUAUUUAAAAGGCCUACGGGUAAUGUACAAAGAGAGAGACCUUCCUUACUAUCAAGGCGGCCAGCCUGCAGUUCAGCCCUCCAAAGGGAGCUACGUUCAUCCACAAGACAGCCCAAGGGCAACAGAGUUAUGGUAUCCUCAGUAUUAUCCACAGCAACCAGUAGCCCAGCACAAAGGACCCCUCCGCCAAGAUGUGCCACCAUCACCCCCUCAAGGCCACAGAGUUCUGCCUUAUCAUGAAAUGGGCAGAGGUGGCCAUCGUCAAACCAGUCCUGAUCAAUACCAGUACAGGCAUCAAGAUCCUAGGCAGAAGGACCCCAUGACUGCAGCCGUAUAGCCUGAAGCCCAACGCUUGUUCAUAUCUUAGAAGAAGACUGACAUCAUCUUACAGCUGGUCCUACUGAGCCUGUACAUCCCAGGGGAGACGUCUAGCCAAUCUGCAUCCAGGAUACGUUCCUAAACACAUUGCCAGCUCAUACAAGGCGGUACACAUGACUCUUAGCUAUCAACGUAUCAGAGAGUAUUUUUUUUAAAAAAAAAAAAAAAAAAGCUUGCUGGAACACAGAAGUUGAAGGUAGGCAGAAUUUCUAAGCACACAUCAAAGUGCCACUCAGGGUUAUUUGCAACUACACAGGUACAAACGAAAUACCCAUAUUCCAGAAAUCUUAUGUUGGAAAAGGUUUCUGAAAGGGUAUCCAUCUAUACGUAGUUUAUUUACGGUCAACUGAUCACCACAAGGUACAAAAAUACAAAAAGAUAAAAUACAUUGUUCUACAAUUUACAAUUUAGUCACAAUACCAUAGAGGAUCUGAUUGCAAUAACAACAUUCCAAAAUUUGGCAACUUGUUCAGUGACUGAUCUGUUAGAUCCUUCGAAUAAGAUACAUGUAAGAGAUUCUAAGGACCGACCUGGGAAAGACUGAGUAAUUGGGAGUAUCAGGGCAUCUCUGGCCCCCUGGGAAUAACAGCAGCUGAGCAGAGCAUGUAUAACAGAUUAAUUACACUUCUACAUUAUUACAAGGGCAGCAUCUCUCAUUUACUCGUGUUUUGGAGUAUCUACCAUCUAAGAGUUUAGAGGGAAGAACUUUAAGCCAAGCCAGAGAGAAUGCGUUCCUGUAUUUAGGAAUUGAUAGCCAGUUUAAAUAAGACUUUGGAGAUGGAGCCUGACAAACCCAGAGAUAUGGGGGAGCAAAUGUUCAUGAGAGAUGGAAUCAAACACAGAUUUUAAAUCAAUAAAGGCUGUAAAAAGUUUGCCUCCUUUAGGCUUACGGUAUUUAUGAUCUGAGCCAAAACCAGACAGUGAUCUAAAGUAGACCUGGUUUGAAUCCUAUCUGUUCUUCCCCUAGGAUGUUGUUCUCAUUAAUCCACAGGUUUAACUUAAGGCCCCAAAAGCUAGCAUACACCUUCCCAAUUAUAGAUAACAUGUGAAUUGGUCGGUAAUCAUUUGGAGCAUCUUAGGACCUUUUUUAUGAAUUGGGAUUAUAAAGGCUUUCAGGCAUUAUUUAUCAGUAUCUCUGAGAGGAUCCCUAAUUUAAGUUGAAGAAUUAAAUCUUCAACUGUAUUUAUAUUGACAGGCUGCCAUUC